UCGGUACAUCUUGCUUGGUAACUUGGAUAAUGGCCGCUAGGUAAGAUGAGCGGAUGGGCCGCGUCGUUUCAGCGUGAAGUGCUCACUCCGGGAGGACCGUUAACUCGGGCGGUGGCGAGUUAAAAUGGUCGAUAUCCGACCCGUAAGGCAUCCAGAAACAGUUGUACAUUGUGCGAACAUCGUCAUUCAAACACCACCCACUAUUAACAUCACGUCUUAGUGGUCAGUUCUGCCUUCGGAUCAGAGCUUAAACUGAAGCCAUGGCAGUGAAGGACCGCGUAGAGGCUGUGCUCAAUGUGGGUCUACGUGUUCCCAGCAUCAUGCUGUUGGAUGUCCUCUACCGCUGGGAUGUCAGCUCCUUCUUCCAGAAGAUCCAGCGCUCCAGCCUUUCCAAUAACCCCCUUUUUCAGUACAAGUAUCUGGCCCUCUACCUGCACUACGUAGGUUACAUCUUGAGCUUGGUGCUUCUGACUCUGCCUCGUCAGCACCUGGUUAAACUUUACCUGUAUGUUCUUACGGCCCUGCUGCUGUUUGCUGGUCACCAAGUGUCAAGGGAUUAUGUUCGCAGUGAACUGGAUUCUGGUUAUGAAGGCCCUGUCUACCUGGAACCUCUCUCCAUGAACAGAUUCACCACUGCACUCAUAGGUCAGCUGGUGGUUUGUACACUUUGUUCCUGUGUGAUGCAAACCAAGAGGAUUUGGCUGUUCUCUGCUCACCUCCUCCCUCUAGUGGCUAGGCUGUGUCUGGUCCCACUCGAGACCAUCGUCUUCAUCAAUAAGUUCUCAAUGAUCUUCACGGGCCUGGAGGUCAUUUACUUCCUGGCGUCUAACUUGCUGGUACCAUAUAACCUGGCCAAGACUGCCUACAGAGAGCUGGCUCAGGUGGUAGAAGUGUACGGGCUUCUUGCUUUGGGAAUGUCACUGUGGAACCAGCUGGUCCUUCCAGUUCUCUUCAUGUGUUUUUGGCUCGUGCUGUUUGCUCUGCAGAUAUACUCCUACUUCAGCACAAGAGACCAGCCUACUUCCAGAGAGAGGCUGCUUUUCCUUUUUCUUACAAGUAUCGCAGAAUGCUGUAGUACGCCGUACUCUCUGCUGGGUCUGGUUUUCACAGUUUCUUUCAUUGCGCUGGGCGUUCUCACACUGUGCAAGUUCUACCUGCAGGGCUACAGAGCCUUUAUGAAUGACAACACCAUGCACAGGGGGAUGACUGAAGGUAUCACCUUGCUAAUCCUUGCGGUCCAAACUGGCCUCAUUGAGCUGCAGGUCAUCCACAGAGCCUUCCUCCUCUCUAUCAUCCUCUUUAUUGUUGUUGCUUCCAUCCUGCAGUCCAUGCUGGAGAUAGCAGAUCCUAUAGUCCUAGCCCUGGGAGCAUCUAGAGACAAGAGUUUGUGGAAGCACUUCCGUGCAGUUUCUCUCUGUCUCUUCCUGCUGAUCUUUCCAGCGUACAUGGCUUAUAUGAUCUGCCAGUUCUUCCACAUGGACUUCUGGCUUCUCAUCAUCAUCUCCUCCUCAAUCCUCACCUCUCUCCAGGUCCUUGGCACUCUUUUGAUCUAUGUUCUCUUCAUGGUGGAGGAGUUUCGUAAAGCUCCAGUGGAGAACAUGGAUGAAGUCAUAUAUUGUGUAAAUGGGACCUACAGAUUGCUGGAGUUUCUGGUUGCGGUGUGCGUGGUGUGCUAUGGUGUAUCAGAGACUGUAUUUGGCGAGUGGAGUGUGAUGGGAAGCACCAUCAUCUUGGUCCACUCGUACUAUAACGUCUGGCUCAGAGCCCAGCUGGGCUGGCAGAGCUUCCUGCUCAGGAGAGAUGCUGUAAACAAGAUAAAAAGCCUCCCCACAGCUAGCAAUACACAGCUGCAGCAGUAUAACGACAUCUGUGCUAUCUGCUUCCAGGACAUGACCAGUGCUGUGAUCACUCCGUGCAGUCAUUUCUUCCACGCUGGCUGUCUGAAGAAAUGGCUGUAUGUCCAGGAAACGUGCCCUCUCUGUCAUUCACAACUCAAGAGCCAAUCACCAACUAAUGGCGGAGCUACCCAAGAGACACCUGCAGCCAAUCAGAACCCUGCAGGACAGGAAGAAGCCCCAGGCAACAAGCAGGAGGAGGACCACAGCACUCUACCGGAGGAUAGGAAAGAGGAAGCGUCAGUAGAGCAGGAGGGAGAUAAUGAAACUACCACAUUAGCUGGGGAAGCCUCCUCUUCCACCUCCCCCACUGGCAUGCAGUCUGCUCCCCUGCACAUCGUCAACCCUCCAUUAUCAUUUUCCUCUUGUUCUUCUUCUCCUCUUGCAACUGAUUCUGUGCCGCACCAGUCCCCUGCAGAUCACCCUUCUGCAUCUUCUUUCUCUACCUCUUGCACAUCAGACACACCUGACGCUCCUGCAUCUCACUGCCAUUCUGUCUCCACCUUUCACCAACCAACGUCACAGGUACUGACCCAAGCAGAGGCGAACCCUGCUGAACCCGAAUCCCUCCCUCAGCUAAAAUCAGUCUCCCUUGUGGACAGCGAGGAAAACUCUACUGGUCCAUCAUCACAAUCUAACCCACCAACUCCCCAUUCAGUGGAACCUCCUCCUCGUCCUCCACCCCCUCCUCCAUUCAACCCCUGAGCUCCAUUUUAACACACACACAACAUACAUGCAUGCAUGCAUAUAUAAUCACACAAUCUAAAUAAUCCCCUAUUGUACUUCUCCAACUGUUUGCUGUUGGCUCUCCCAUCAUGUCCAACUCCUUCAUAUCCAUAUUAUGUUUCAAAAGAUCUAAAACAAUCUCUAAACAGAAAUUCAUCACUCGGUAUUAAAAAAAAAAGAGAAGACAAUGAUUGCAGCUUUAUAAAAUGUUAGUACUUGGAGCAGUGAAAGGUUUCCCAUGAUAGGUGUAACCCAUGCCAGCAGUGAUUUCAUCACAGGUGCAGUUAUUUUCCACAUGUUCUUUCACAGGGAUUCAAAUUUAAUACAAAAAACAGGAUGCAGUAAUCUCAUCUCAGAAUGAAUUGGGAGUUUUACACCAUGUCCAGAAAAUGUGAAAAUCGGAUUUCCAUCAUGGCCUUUUUCUUUCUCCCCCCCCUACAAUCAUACUUUUACCCCUUACCUUUUGAUGCCUGACAUUUAGGGCGAUGGUUGCUCCUGCCUUUGUUUGUACAGCUUGAACUUUCACUGCUGUACAUUUCAUAGUGUUUGGGUGCCACGAUUUAUCGAACAAUUGAUCAGACUAUCGAUUACUGAUGGUUGCAUUUUAUACCGUGACAAAGUCUUAACAUUUCAUAACGUCUAGAAAUUCUCCACAUUUUUUGUUUUUCACUGCUGGGUGUCAGUAGUGUUGUGAUUUAGUGAAUACUGAGCGUUAGCAGACUGAAUGUUGUUUAUUGAGGUCGCCGCAUGACCUAAAGCCUGGUGCUAAGCAGAGGACACAUGGUAUGGUCUAGCUGAGGGGUGCAGUGUGAACUUUUGGUUCACAUUGAAUAACUUACAUGUGUCAAGCUUUUGCUUUUAUACUACUUCAAUAUCUGAUUCAGACUUGUUUGGCUGGUCCCAG